GAUCUAUGCAGACUGUGAGACACCUGAGGCAGUUCUCUGGCCGGAGUCUCUUCAGGUUCUCCGCUGCCUCGCUCCUCCUCUGCUGCUCCUGCUUCCUCUCCUCCUUCUCCUGGGCUCUGGCUGCUCUCUGUCUCUCUCGGUCCUCCUUCCUGGCCCUGGCUGCCUGUCUGUCCGCCUCUAUCUCCUCCUUCGAGCGGCGUUUUCUCGCAGGGCUCGGUGUGCCACGUCCAUCUGGUCGCGGGGGACACAAAGCAGAAGUCUGACUGGGUUCAGUUUUUGGUGGAGGCACAGAUCGAUCCAUGUAGUUUAAAGCUCUGCGGACUCCAGCAGGAGAAGAAGCUGCUAACAGCUUCUCCAUGUAAACAACACUGAAGAAUGUCCUUUGGAAGUUUCCUUUUAUAAAAGCUUUUUCCUUUAUUUACUCACUAUGACGCAGCCGGCGGAGAAAGCGUAUUACCGCUUUGUGGUGCUGUUCUUCAACUGCCUGCUGACAUUUGGCUCUUACUUCUGCUUCGACAUCCCCAGUGUUUUGCAGGAUCAAUUCCAAGGGAACCUGACAUGUCCCAAUACAACAGUGAUCAAUGGGACGGUGGACUGUGUGGAGGGACUGGGGAUGAACCCUCAGCAGUACAAUCUCCUUUAUGCCAUCUACGCUUGGACGAAUGCAGUAGUGGUGAUCAUGGCUGGCUUCCUGAUCGAUAAAUUAGGAAACCGCUUUGGAGUAUUCCUGUUCUCCUUCCUGUGCGUUCUGGGCUCGUCGCUGUUUGCGCUCGGCUCCCACUUUAAAGGAACUCCCUAUCUGCUGCCACUCAUGCUCACAGGCCGACUACUGUUUGGAUCAGGCAACGGAUCUUUAACCAUUGUUCAGAACCGCAUCACAGCCUUCUGGUUCAAAGGGAAGGAGCUGGCCUUGGCUUUCGGUCUGACCCUGGCUUUCUCUCGCCUGGGCUCAGUCCUGAACUUUUUCCUCACCCAGAAGUUCGAAGAAAAAUAUGGCAUACAGUGGACACUCUGGGGCGGUGCUCUACUGUGUGUUCUGGGCUUUGCAUCUGCUGUUAUAGUCAGCGCCCUGGACAAGAUUGGAAUGAAACAGCUUGGUCUUGAUGGCGCCAUCCAGGAACAGUCACGCAAAGUGAGGAUUCAGGACGUGAAGCUCUUGUCACUAAGAUACUGGCUGCUGGUUCUCACCAUCAUGUUCUUCUACAACGGCAUCUUCCCGUUCAUCGCAGACGCCAGUAAAUUCAUUCAGGAUAAGUACGAGGGCUACAGUCAGAAGGAGGCAGCCUACAUCGCCGGGGCAGUUUAUGACAGCUCACUGGUCCUCUCAGCUGUGGUCGGCAUUCUCAUAGAUCAUGUGGGUCUGCGGGGCAUUUUUGCAGUGGCCUGUGCCGUCCUCACUCUGCCUGUGUUUGGACUCCUGGCCUUCACCUUUGUCCCCCCUCUCGUCUCCACCAUAUGGCUGGGAGUCACUUACUCCUUUGCUGCUUCGAGCAUGUGGCCAUCGAUUCCCCUCGUGGUGCCUCAGGCGACUCUGGGGACAGCCAUGGGUCUGGCCACCUCCAUACAGAUGGUGGGGAUCGGGGUGUCCAAUCUGGUCGUCGGGCAGAUUUUGGGCUCCAAGUCCAGUGAGACUAAGAUUCCGUUGUGGCGUUGGCAGCGAAUGAUGAUCUUCAUGUUGGCCAACACCAUCAGCUGCAUCGUCACCUCAGUGCUGCUCAACAUUGUCGAUCACAGACAGGGCGGGACCCUGAACAAGACGACGAAGAAGUCGGUGCAGGCAGCGGUCGACUCCGACAGAGAGCCGCUCAACCAGGCAGAGGAAGAGCAAAACGAGGACGAGGAGGACGAGGCGGUCAGAUCUCCCUCUAUCAACUCCUGAGUUGUUGUUUUUAACAGUUUUUGUUCAAGUUUGAAAACUUCUAUCUCUCUCUUUCUCUUUUUAUAUAUAUUAUGUUUUCAUAUGUGCCCGUUUUCAAAUUGAACUUGGUUUAUUGCACACCUCACUGAAACCAGUUGUUUCUCCGCACUGUCUGUGGUUGCUACAGCAGAUAAUUUAAACGUAACAGUAUUUACACCCAAAUAGUAUCAAUACAUGUGAAAUGUAUAAAUGUAAACCAGGCACUGUGGGUUUUUCAGUAAUACGGGUAAUUUGAAAAGAAAACUAAUUUUUGCCCCCCCAAAAAACUAUCAAAAUUCUUGAAGAGAAUCUUGACCCUCUUGAUUUUAAUUUUAAUUUUAAAAUUGUAUUUUAAUUUUAUCAGUGAUCAUUCAGUAUCAACUGUACAGCCAUAACUUACACUUAGGUCAGGCCACUAAAUAUGUCAUGUUGUCACUAAAAUGUUUUUAUGAUUUUUUAAAAAAGAGAAACCGUUAAAUAUUUGUACCUCUUAUCUGUAUGUAAAUGGUCAAAUUUUACUAUGUAAUGUAAGAAGGGAAGUAGAAAAUAAAAUGCUGCUCAUCUGUCA